AUGUUGAAGAAACACAGCGUCUUUGGCGUCCUGAAAGCGGCGACCGGCAUCUUCGUUGAAGUAGCCUUCUUCUGGCAGCUCCGGCUGUAUAGCUGGUGGUCUCGCCCAUCACCUCGCGAUGCACUGCUCGAAACUCUAGCGGACGCCCGCCUCUUCGAGGAGUGGGAAGCCGCCGCCUUCCAGCUCGACGAGGUGCUGGGAUAUGACCUAUGGCGUCAGAAUCCCACGAGCAAACACUACGACUACCGCCUUAUCUACUCGCGCCUGCAGGCUAUCAUCGAAGCCCGCGAAGACGAUGACAUCCUCGGCCUUGUCAACCUGCUGCGCUCCGGCCUGGUACGGAAUCUCGGGAACAUCACCGCGCCGCGCCUCUUCAAUCGCGCGUAUGCGGGUACUAAGCUGCUGAUCGAGGACUACAUCACCCAAGUCGCGCUCGCCGUCGAGUACGUGACCACGUAUCCGACUUCGCCGGCGCAUGGGGAUGCCGGCUUGACGAACCAGGCGAAGCUCGACGUACUCCAUGAUACGCGGCAGGCGUUUGGGCGGUCGGCGCUGGCGUUGCAGGGAGGUGCAAUCUUUGGGCUGUGUCAUUUAGGGGUGGUGAAGGCACUGCACCUUAGAGGGCUACUGCCUCGUAUCAUCGCUGGCACGGCGACUGGGGCGUUGAUUGCAGCACUAGUUGGCGUGCACACCGAGGAUGAAUUGCUAGAUUUCUUGGCGGGAGAUGGCAUCGAUCUCACGGCUUUUGCGAAGCAGUCGAAGAAGAACGGGCGCUACUUCCUCGAUGUGGAGGUGCUCGAGCAAUGCGUGCGAGCCAACGUGGGCGAUCUUACUUUCGAGGAAGCGUACGCCAAGACCAAGAGAGUCCUGAAUAUCACCGUCUCCAGCACUGGUGGCGGCGUGCCGGAUCUGCUGAAUUACCUCACCGCGCCGAACGUACUCAUCUGGUCCGCGGCCGUCGCUUCCAAUGCCCCCUCCACCUCCAGCCUCUACCACCCCGUAACGCUCCAAUGCAAAGACGAGUCCGGGGCCAUUGUGCCCUGGGCCUCAGCCCAAGAAGCGACCUUCCGCCCCUGGACCCACGCCUCGCAUACUGAGCGCGAGUCCCCCCUCUCGCGCAUCGCGGAGCUCUUCAACGUCAACCACUUCAUCGUCUCCCAGGCGCGGCCGUACCUCGCACCGUUUUUGCGCAGCGACAUGCAUCACCCGCACCCGCGCACUGGUGGCCGUCUAAGUCUGAGUGUCCCGCUGCUGAGGCUUAUGGUCAUGGAGGUGCAGCAUCGGCUGCAUCAGCUGGACACGCUGGGCUGGCUGCCGCCGGGGAUCAGACGAUUCUUGCUGGACGAGAAUAUUCCGGCGGCGAGCUUGACGCUGGUGCCGGAGCUGACGGCUAGGGAUUUUGUGCGCUUGCUUGAGAAUCCGACGAGGGAGAGCAUCGAGUAUUGGAUCCUAAGGGGUGAAAGGAGCGUUUGGCCAGCGGUGGGGGCGCUCAAGGUCAGGUGUGCGGUUGAGGUCGAGUUGGAUAGGGGGUAUCAGCUGGUCAGGAGGCGGAAGCCGUUCGAUCCUGCGACGCCGGGGAAGGGGAGCAGGAGGGGGAGUGAGGCGGGGGUCAAGAAGAGGGCGAGGGCGGCGAGCUUUGGAGCGGCCGCGUAA